AUGGCAACAAAAAAAUCUAAUGAUGAAAGUUUUGUUGAAAGAGAUGAGGUUCUCUUUCCAGAUGAAGAUCUUGUCGAUGUAGAACCACUUUAUAAGAAUUUUGCUACUAUACAAAAUGAAUUAAAUAAUUCGACUCAUAAUCGUAGUCAUUCAAGCGAUAAUCGAUAUCGUGCUGUUCGUACUCAAAUUGAAUCAUCAUUAUUACGUCAUUCACAAUCUGAUGAUCAACUUAGUAUAAAUUCUGAAUAUUCAUCAAGUUCAUUUACUAUUCCUAUAAGUAUUCAAUCGAAGAAGAUCGAUGGACAUAUAUUUAAUCUAUCACAAAUUGUUCAAGAUAUCGGUUAUAAAAAAUCGACACCAAUUACAAGCUCAAGUUCUACAUUAGAUCCAAAUACAAAAAAUGUUAGUGCAUUAUUGAAUAUAGUCUUGAAAGCAGGUGGUGCUCAUGGACCACUUGUGAAUGUUUGGCGUUCACGUAUAACUGAUGAAUAUUUUCAAAGAUGGUAUCUUGAAAAAUAUUAUCAACGUUCUGCAUCAUUGCCUCGAUAUAAUACAAAUGAGCAAACGACGCAAAAUACACGAGCUCGUAAUGAUUAUAAAUCAAAUACCUAUAUGAAUAAUUUUCGAUUACCACCAACAACAACAACAAAUCAAGUGAAUAAUCAAAAUCAUUAUGAAAGUGAAGUACAAAAAAUCUAUGGAUACGAUGAUGCAGAUGUAACUACAGCUAGUAUAGCAUCAAGUCAUUCAUCAUCGAACGAUACAAUAUCUCAUACGAAAGAACAAAGAUCAUCAUCAAUAACAUCAAUUCUUAAAAAAUCUAGUAAUAGUAAUAAUACUCCUACUACCGGUCAAACUCCACCAAUAAAACAUCAUGUUACUAUUCGUGAACGUCAUUCAUCAUUUGAAUCUGAUCAAUCAAUAUCAUCACAACAAUUGAAUACUGAUGAUAUGAAUCUGUUAUCGGAGAGUCGACAAUAUCAGAAGAGUCAAACAGAUAGUCAAGAAUUUGAGAAUAUUCCAUCACCAUAUGAUCAUUUUGAAAAAACAACUCCAAUAGAUUAUUCACAAAUUCAACAAACGAAUUAUGAUAUACGUAGUGAAUUAAAUACUAAUAGUAAUCCUAUUCUAUCAGAAUAUCAACAAGUUUUACAAACACAUCCUGAUGUUCAUCAUGAUCCAAAUCCAGAAAUAAUUUCAAAACCAAAUCCGACACAUCAAGUAACAUAUGAACAAAAUAUUUCGCUUCGAUACCUUGUUCCACCAACACCUCCACCACCAGGACCAUUAAUUAUUCGAGAAAUUCUUCCGCCACGUAUACCAACACCACCACCAUUCAUAGUUAAAGUUCCAGAAACAAUUCCUCAAACUCCUCCACCACUUAUUCUUCGAGAAGCUCCACCACCACCACCUCCUCAUCAAGAAACAACAUUUGUAACUAAAAUGCUACCGCCUGAACCUCCACCAGCACGAUGUGUGGUAUAUGAGCAUGCUCCACCAUUACCUCCAAAGCCUCAAUCAAUUAUUAUUGAAAAAUGGUUACCUUAUAAACCAGCACCUCCACGAGAAGUUAUAGUCGAACGUAUAACUGAAAAACCAGUUAUAACAGAAUUUGAACCAGGUGCUAUUACUUAUGAACGACAACGUCGUCAUUCAGCUGAAUUUCAUACUGAUUCAUCACGGCUAGAAAUACCAAUUAAUAUGUCAAGACAAAAAUCUGUUGAUCAUCUAGCUAGAGAACAAAUGGCUCAACAACCAUCAGGAACAUUCGAUGAAUUAGUAUGGACAACACAUCAACAAAUCUUAGCGAUGCAACAACGAGGUAGAGAACAAGUACAAGCAAGUCAACAAUGGGCAGCUAAUCAAUGGCAACAACAUCAAAAUAUGUUUAUGCAAUAUCCAACUCAUUUAACAACGCCAACUUUAGUUGUUUGUCAUCCUCCUGUUACAACAAAUGCACCAACAGCAUAUAUACAAACAGAAGAAUAUCGAGAACAACGAGUAAAACAUACAUCUAUAACUAUUAGAGGAAUCUCAUUUGGUGUUCCACAACAAUCUCCAUGUACAGAUCGACGUUUUCUUCAUUAUACAUUAAAAAUAACAGAUCGUUUAGAAACAAAAAAAUUCUUCUGUGAUAUAUUAGGUAUGAAUAUUCUUCGUCAUGAAGAAAUGGAUUCAGGUUGUUCGGCACAAUGUAAUGGUAAUUUUGAAUCUCCAUGGUCAAAAACAGUCGCUAGUUAUGGUGAUGAACAUUCAUAUUUUGCUUUCGAAUUAAAUUAUAAUUAUGAUGUGCAAGGUUAUAAAUAUGGAAAUGAUUUCGCAUCGAUUACAAUUCAUAAUCGACAAGCUGUUAUUAAUGCACAGAAAUAUUUUGAUCAAUCCAAAAUUAUAUCAAAUAAACAAUCAUUAAUAAUUAGUUCACCUGAUGGUCAUCGUUUUAUUUUAGUUGAUAAAGAUGUUGCAAAAAAUGAAGAUCCUGUCAAAUGUCUUUCAUUAAAUGUAUUCAAUUUAGAUAAAUCUAUUGAAUAUUAUACAAAAUUAUUGAAUAUGAAUAUCGUUAAGGACUCAUCGGAUGAAAAACGUGUUAAACUUAGUUAUGAUGUUAAAGAUAAAUCGAAAUCACAAUAUGAUUUUCGGCUUGACCAACAAUGUCAACUUGAAUUAAUUGAAAUUAAGAAAGAAAUUAAUCGAGGAACUGGUUAUGGAAGAAAAGCUUUUAGUUGUCCAGUUAAAGAUAUUGAUACUAUAGAAAAUUUAAUUGAAAAAGAAGGUUAUAAAUUACUUAUUCCAAAAAUGAAAUUAGGUGGUUUAUUAGAUUUUAAUAAGAAUACCGUUAUUAUUUUAUCUGAUCCUGAUGGACAUGAAGUAUGUUUUGUUGGUGAAGAAAAUUAUUCCAAGACAUGUGAAAUUGAUAGUGAUGCUAAAAAUAAAUUUAAUAAAAAUUUAAAAAAUCCUUCAAAAAAUCCAGAGAAGUAUGAAAUAGGUGAAGAUAAAUCUACAAAACACGAAGAUAAAUAA